AUGAGACAGAGCGGCGCCUCCCAGCCCCUGCUGAUCAACAUGUACCUGCCAGAUCCCGUCGGAGACGGUCUCUUCAAGGAAGGGAAAAGCCCGAGCUGGGGGCCACUGAGCCCCGCGGUGCAGAAAGGCAGCGGUCAGAUCCAGCUGUGGCAGUUUCUGCUCGAACUGCUGGCCGACCGCGCAAACGCUGGCUGCAUCGCGUGGGAAGGCGGCCACGGCGAAUUCAAGCUCACGGACCCGGACGAGGUGGCGCGGCGCUGGGGCGAGCGCAAGAGCAAGCCCAACAUGAACUAUGACAAGCUGAGCCGCGCGCUGCGCUACUACUAUGACAAGAACAUCAUGAGCAAGGUGCACGGCAAGCGCUACGCCUACCGCUUCGACUUC